UCAGAGACCAGCACCCUCCACUUUGGGGGACCACUGCGAGACGACGACAAGACGCCGGAUGAAACAAAAGAUAGGCAGGGUCAUGGAGGACGAGCGUCAACCGAUGGACGCUGGCUUAGUCAUCGAAAAACUAGGAGAACUUGAACCCGGGGAGUUUUGGCUCAGAUUGACGAGCGUAGAACGUGUGCUGAAACUUGAUAGAGGUAGGCUUGCCUCAUUUGCCGAGUCGAUAAAACCACAGCCCAGCGGCAGCACUAGGCGCCAAACCAGACUCUCGCCACAACAAGAGGAGCUUCAGAAAGCUGGAAUCUUCUUCAGGCCGGGUCACGUCGCGGUGUGCAAGUCGGGGGACACGAUGCCUUCGUGGGGGGGUGGUGCGAAGUACGCGGAUAUCAGGGAGCCAAUCCGAAGGGGUGCCAACGACGAAACUACUCUCGCUAUACCGCACCCUUCGCCUAGCACAAGUGGCUCAUCAGGUGUUGCAUCACCGACCUCCCCGACACCCACGGGCGAACAACGGCCUCCACGGUCUCCCCCCCUGGCUACCAGAGAGGGACAGAGGUCCCCAGACAAAGAGUGUAGUGACAGCGUGGCAGACGUACAACUACACGACGCUCCUGGCGCGGACCCCGAUUCCGACGACGAGCCCAUGGCUGAUGUCCGGGAGGUAGGCCGCCCUGAGCGAACUGCUACCCCAUCUCCUGGGGUUUGCCCGCCGAUCGGGCAGCCGCCGAUGGAGACAACCGGGACUACGGCAUGGAGCGAGGAACUCGCCACCAAUGUCGUCUUCCAAGCGCUCAUUUCGACCAGUACCUGCAACUGUUACGUUGGAGCGGGGGAUCUCGCCCAACUACUCGAUCACGACGAGACGGAGAUCAGGCGUAUCCUGAAGGACAGGAGGGGCGAGAAGCGGUAUCAUGCCUACACCAUCUUCCUGCGAUCGUUUGGGAUUAUUCCAAAAAAACACAACAUGAAGGACGACUGGUGUUUGCUGGGACUCGGGUCGCUUCAUCUUGCCCUGGAGGAAUGCCACCACAGAGAAUACGUGAUAAGCGCGGAGCCCAAGGGACCUAUGCUAUCCGCGAGCACUGCUUUGAAGACCGCCUUGCCUACGGAUCUUCCGAAGGGAUACGGUUUCUUGGAACACGGCAGGGAGGUUACGGAGUUCAACUCGGAUGUGCGUCGGGAAGUCAAGUGCCGCCGUUGCCGCCACCCCGUGCAAGAUUCGGAGUGGUGGUGCGUCCGUUUGGAGUCCGUGGUCAGCCCCAUUUUGAAACCUGGAGUCGAGGCCGAGGUGGGCUUGGCGUUCCGCUGCGAGUGCGAUGCGCUUCAUAUAGGCGAGCCGUUGCCUACGCGGGUCUCGACCGGCAGCGCGUGGACAUCAGCUGACCCCGUGGUGAAGAUUUGGAGAACCACUUGUCCAGUGGUGGAGCACGGACCAAGUCAGAGUCUCACGAGAGGGAGGAGAAGAGUCGGGAGGGCGGAUCCGAUUGUCACGCCGGGCGCCGCUAGACGUACGACCCCGAGUAGUGGCGAAGAAGUUGGCACGGGCAGUGGUGCUCGAGGCGUCCUUCGUUCCACACCGUCUACGAGCGACACAGGAGAAUCGAGGAGGGCACAAGAGUACUCGAGGCCGAAACCCAAAGAUUCCGAAAGCAACAACCACGUAGGCGUGCCGGUUUCUGUGUCAGGACUGUUGAACAUGUUGGGCGCGGUACACAAGAAGUCUUGUGGGUGUCCAGGUCCAUUGAUCAACCCCAGUUUGGGGGCUGGCAGAUCGGACUAUGAGUCUUUCUCUGCGGAGUGCCGGACGUGCGGCGCCGUAUUCGGGCGCCUCCCGGUGGAAAAGCCGGACUCAAAGGCACUCAGUCUUGGGUGCUUGUUGGCGGGUAGCACCUUCGAGCACGUCGAAAUGUCACAAGAGAUGGGCGACAUACAGAGCCCCACAAGCAGGACGCUUCAGAGGCACAUCGAGGAAACGGUAGUUGCGGUGGACGAAUCCUGGGAAGAGAUGUUCAAGGAAGUGAGGAAAAGUAUCAAGAACGAGCCAGGGAGGAGGACAGUAGAGAUCCCGAUCGAAAAGCACUUCUUCGCCCACCACAUGGUGAGCUUGUUGGAGGAGCUCAAGCAGUAUGGCGUCGGCGUCAAGGACGGAUCGAUCGACAACACCACCUACCCGGAGAUCGCGGCAGGCAUCAUCGCGGCGAAGACAGCGAAGCGCGAGGGUCCUGGUUUCCAACUGGAGGGCGGCAAGGUCGUGGCGACUCUCGUGAAUAUUUCCUUCGACGGAUCGUAUCGCAACCGAAACCACACCUCACACGGCGUCAACGUCGUCGCGUCUGUGAAGCGCACGAAGCCGGACCAUCGGGGUCUCAUGGAUUCGGUGUUGGAUCAAGUAACCUUCGGCCGCCACAUCGGCGAGGAUGCCCCACUUCAGCCCGUUUGCGCUCUCAGCCGAAACAAGGGAUUUUGCCGUGUUCACGGAAAGGCAGAAGAUUGGGACAGCCGCAGGCGCCCUGCAAAGGGGUCGUCGCCCGAGGAGGAGGACGCCGCAAAAAGACUUCGUCAUGGCAAUUGCUACUCGUCCACAUGCCUGCGCAGUCCUCUCAGCGCCCCGGCCACCGAGCCGUUGGGCAUCAUGAUCUUGUGCCUGCGGCUGAUGUACGAAGGGUUCUGGGUGAACGCGUUUGCGCAUGACCAGGAUGCGGGCAUCGGACACAUAGUGCGCGGGCUGUUCGACGACGCCCUCGAGUGCCUGGACAGGGCUCAUAUUCAGAAGAAUAUGAAGAAGGCCAUCGUCAAGUUCGCUUCGGGCUAUGCUAGCAGGGCUUGUCGGUACUUUGCGUGGGUCGUACGGGAAGCCAGGGAGGUGGUGGAGCGAUGCGUGGACGACAGCAUCACCCUCGCAGAGGCUUUUACAGAGGGCUUUGCGCACCUCGUGUUCCACCUACAAGGCGUUCACAAGUACUGUUCCUCGGGGUGCGCCGGGGCCGAGGAACAUGUUGCGGAAGGAGAGGAGCCUCGGGCUGGGAACGUGGAACAACCUGACAUAUUCGACAUAGAAGAACUCCGGGUGGACUCCGAGCCUGACUUGGGUGCAACUGCGAUGCCGCAAAACCCCGUCACGAGGGCGACGCCGGGUGCCGGUGACGCCGAGGCCUCAUCGGCGGCAGGUGUCGGCGAAGAUGUCGCCAAGAAGGGCGGAAAGAAAAGUCUGCGACCGUGUAGGGGGUCGCAAUUCACGGCCGCCAGCCUCAGACAGACGUUGGACGACACGGUCAGCCUGUCCAAGGUCAAGGAGCAGCUGUGGGUCAGAGUCUCGUUGACGAUACUCUUCUUCAGGGCGGCAGGGGGGGCGGAGUCUCUCUCCGAUAGGGGGAAGGCAAUGCUCGACAGCUUUUACCAGGCGGUAAUGGAUGCCACGGGCGCAGCGCGGCGAGUCUCAGAUGUGGCGGAUUCCACUCGCGCCGAUCUGGAACGGGCAUGCGCGGGAGUACACGGGCACAUGUCGGAGAAGGAAAAACGGACAACACAAGUACCGCUCGCUGGCAUCCCAGGGCCUUGGGAGCCUGCCCGGACCGAGGAAGGCUACACUAGCCCGUGUGAUGGACCUGCACGGCUAGUGCAAACCAGGGAAAUCCAGGGGCGCAAGGAGGCGUACAUCGGAGCGUCGGCAGCAGUUCUGGAGGCAGAAAGGAUAUUCCGGAAAGAGACGGGCCGCACACUGACGGUGUCUGUGGUCGGAUCCUCUCAGCGCGAAACGUAGGUUCUACGGGUGCAACAUUGUCCUUCCGCAGGGUAUCCGAUUUCAAUACGUACAUGUUCGGCGCACUACUAGGACGAAGGACAAUCACGCCGACACCCCAUAGUCUUCAACUUACUCGUACACACCCCGGCUGAGUAGAACACAGACGACCCCUUCUAUCCGACAUUAGUGUGACACCCUUACCGCCCUCUUUUGACACGAGGAAAAAUCCCACGGCCCAUCGACUUUUCGUUUUGACCCAGCAGAUGCAAGAAAAAUUCACUUCAACCCUCAACACAACCGCAUGCGCCCGGCACCGUGUUUCUGUACCCCAACAGGUCCUCCGUGCGUCACCAGGCAUGGUCGGACAGUCGUCAGUGGACCUUCUUCUCGCACUGCUGCAACGGAUUGGGGGGUCACAUCAGAGCGUCACAGCCGUGCGCAUCUUGCGAUUGCCAUAUCACGUUCAUUACGACCUGCAUUCGUUCGAGAGCCUUCAUGUAUGGGUUGGGGACGAACUUCCUCGAGAGCAUGAACGGCACCAUCGCGGCAAAGGCGACG